GUCAGCUGACAGGGGGUGGGGAAGCAGACACGUAUAUAGCCUGUCUCCCUAGCCAGGCCAGGCCCAGACGCCAAGGACAGAGGCACUGACCAGCUGUUCCCAGGCCACCUUCCCCACCGCUACCAUCAUGAAGCUGCUUGCGGUCACUGUGCUGCUCCUCACCAUCUGCAGCCUUGAAGGGGCUUUGGUCCGCAGACAGGCGGAGGAGCAGGGUCUGCAGAGCCUAUUCUCCCAGUACUUCCAGACCAUGGCCGACUAUGGCAAGGAGCUGGUGGAAAAGGCCAACGGCUUGGAGCUCCAGGUCCAGGCCCAGGCUUACUUGAACAAGACACAGGAGCAGCUGACACCCCUGGUCAAGAAGGCUGGAAGUGACCUGAUGCACUUCUUGGGUUACUUCGUGGACUUCAAUACACAGCCGGAGGCCCGCUGAGGGGUCCACUGUCUGUCAUUCCCAGCUGGCCCCAAGAACACCCACUGGCCAGGCCUAGAGCCCCUUUCCUCCCCACUCCUUGUUUCCACAAUAAAUAUUAAAGGAGUCAA